CCUCAGUCUACUUUCAUUGGCACCUUCGUCAUCAACCCUCUUUCUACUAAUACCCAAACUUCAGAACAGUCACAAUGCCAAUCACUCGUGUCACUCUCUUCAAGAUUCCCGAGGAGGAGCACCGCCAGCAGGUGUUGGCUAAGUACAAGACUAUGGCGCGGGACGCCUUGAAGGACGGCAAACCUUACAUCCGCUCCGUCAGAGCCGGUUCCACUUUCGAAGACCAGCGCCGUCAGGGAUAUACCCUCGCCGUGAUUUCGGAGUUCGACAGCGUUGAUGACAUGAAGUAUUACGACAAUGACUGCCAGGCCCAUGCCAGUCUAAAGGCCGUUGCGAAGGAUGUGCAUCAAGGUGUCAUGAUGGUUUAUUUCGAGUCCGUGACAACCCCAGAGAACCUAUGAGAUAAACCUCGAAUACCAAAAGAAGAGUAAAUGCGGUAUCCAGAUAUACUCUUCGAGAAGGAAUGAAUGGAGCCCGGAAAAUGGGAGAAAUCCUAGGUAUACCCGGCCAAAAAAAACUAUUUGGACCCGUAUGGACCAUGAUAUAUUAUGUAUAUAAAGUUGGAAUGGAAGUGAUGAUAGCGUUACAU